AGCAUUUUGAAUUCAUUACGAGAUUUUUAGCAAAUCGUGUUUUAAUUCUUUUGAAAGGUGGUAAACCCAGAAAUGAAACAGACAUCAACUGUUGUCGAUAAUAACCUAUCGAUGUCGUGUCAUUUGUGUCACAGCUAUGCUGUUUUAGAUUCUAUUUGACCAAAGAGUUCCGCAGUAUAGUCAUCUGUAUUAUUCUCUCUCGCAGAGUUUCAGAAUUUGUCCAUCGUCAUUUGAUCGAACAACGUUAUCUAUUGGGGCUGGUAAUCCUAUCCAUUCGUUUGUCACAGAAACUUGAGAAGAAUGAAUAAAGCAUUCAAGGAUUUCUUGUUUAACAUGAAAUCUUUUCAACAUCUCUUUCUUUCAAGAUAGAUAGCAUGUAAAUACCUCAAAGAGAGGAAAUGCAACUAUUAGAAAACGAGAUUUUGGGAGACACUCUCGUACUGACAUAUGAUAUCUUUUGUUUUUUGAAACUAUUCAUUUCAUCGCAAUAGGGAUAAGUAAACCUUUUGGUGACAAUUGAUAAGAGAGAAAUAUAUAAAUUGUCGAAAUGAAUUUUGUCUCUUGUUGGUGGCUAACUUCAUCUUUUGAACAUCUUCGCUAUUGUUGUAAGAACAAGCAUACUCAUCUGGUAGGCAAAAAUACGUUAAAUAUGAAAGCUGGAAGAAACCUAAAAAUCACCUUUGUGACGGGAAACCAAAAUAAGUUAGAAGAAGUACGGUCUAUUCUUGCAAGAGUGGACAAGAUUGCUGUAGAAAGUAAGCAAGUUGAUCUUCCAGAAUUGCAAGGUGAACCAGAAUACAUUGCGAAAGAAAAAUGUAGAUUGGCAGCCAAAGCAGUUGGAGGCCCCGUUAUGGUGGAGGACACUUGCCUAUGUUUCAACGCACUGAAAGGAUUGCCAGGACCUUAUAUCAAAUGGUUUCUUCAGAAAUUAGGUCACGACGGUCUUAAUCGCCUUUUAUACGGUUUUGAGGAUAAAAGUGCUUAUGCACUGUGUAUUUUUGCUUUUUCAUUGGGUUCAGAAAGUGAACCUGUUGUUCUAUGCGGUAGGACGGAAGGCAUAAUAGUUCCUGCCCGAGGUCCUACUGUUUUCGGGUGGGAUCCUAUUUUCCAACCAGAAGGUUCCUCUUAUACAUAUGCUGAGAUGGAUAAAGUUGUCAAAAACCAGUUGUCACACCGUUACAAAGCGCUGAGAGAACUAGAAAAUUACUUACUUGAGAAUAUACUUUGUCCAAACUAAUAGAAAUAGUCACAAGAGAAACUGCCAACUACUGAAAUCUAGAGUAAUAUGAUUCUCUAGGUUAAAGAUCAUUUGUAAUUCAAUCUAUUUUACUAAUGUCUCCAUAACUUGUUGCAAAGUUUCAAACACAACAGAUUCUUCACAUGUAUAAAAGUUUUUCGGUUUAUUGCACCGUCGUGCAUUCAUAACAUUGGAAUGAUAUCGAUUGUAGUUCUCAGGCACCGAAGGUUUCAUUAGUUUCUAGGUUUUAGUUUCCGAAAUAUGUUAUUUUGCCUUAUUUGGGUUGCGUAAAGGUUAGAUUCUUCAGUGACUGAGCCUGCUCCAUGUCGAGGCCUUUCAGUUUCUCACACUCUUCUACAAAACUACACUCACACUGUUAUUCUCGUUAACUGAAAACAGUGUUUUUUAGUUUUGUAACAUAAAGCGCCAAGUUGAAUACUUUUUGUGUAUAUCAUACAUCGCAAGAAGAAUGGCAGUUUGGCAACAUGAUCUCCACUUGCCUUUUCAAACAACGAGUUGUGUUAAAUAUCUUUCCUCUCUAGUAUAGAAGUGUUCAGGGUCUUGGAUAGAAAAGAAACAACAAGGCCCUGGUGAUAGUUGGUUGUCGUGUUAUGAACAGUUGUUACGUUGACUUGUGAACACACUUCCAAGUCAGCUAAUAGUUGGAAACACCAUGAAACAAGUCUCAAGUUGAAUUC